AAUUAGGAUAGAAGAUAGUAAGAUUUUUACACAUUUUAAUUAUUCUUAGUUUGAUCCGCUGACUUCAAUCUAAUUUAUUAAUCCUUAAUUUUUCCGGCCGGUUUAUUGACUCCCGGGAAGAUCUAUAAAUAGGACAAUAGUAUGCUCUCAAGAAACCACCAUCUCCGACGACCAAUCUGGACACACCAAACAUGUCUGCUUCUGAUGCUCACGUCGCUCUGCUCCCCAGCGCCGGCAUGGGCCACCUCACGCCGUUUCUCAGACUCGCCGCUCUUCUUGCCCAUAACAACGUCCGUGUCACUCUCAUCACCACUCACCCCACCGUGUCACUUGCCGAGUCACAGCUUCUCUCUCGCUUCCGAUCCUCUCUUCCACAAGUCAACCUCCUUGACUUCCACCUUCUUCCUCUCGAUCCAGCCACCGUGAAUUCCUCCGACCCGUUUUGGCUCCGAUUCGAGGCUAUUCGCCGCUCCUCUCACCUUCUCUCUCCUCUCAUUCUCUCCCUACAGCCCCCUCUCUCUGCUUUCGUUCUCGACAUGACGUUGAUUUCUCCUGUCAUUCCUGUCACUCGUGCUCUUUCGCUUCCUUCCUUCAUUUUCUUCACCUCUUCUGUUAGAAUGCUCUCCUUCUUCUCAUACCUCCCUACUUCUUCGUUCGCCGGUGAUGAUGAUGAUCUUCUUUGCAUUCCAGGGAUUCCACCGAUCCCCAGAUCUUCAAUCCCUCCUCUGCUUCUCGUUCCCGAUAGUCUCUUUGCCAAAAUCUUCUUCCAAGACAGCGCACACCUCUCGAAACUUGAUGGGGUUUUAAUUAACUCUUUCAAAGGGCUAGAACCAGAGACCAUAGAGGCCAUUAAUGGCGUCGAAAACCUCAGAAAAUUACUUCCUCCUUUUUUCGAUAUCGGUCCAUUCACGCCGUGCGAGUUUGAAAAAGUAGAUACUGGCAACUCAGUGGAUUCUCCAUUAAAGUGGCUAGACGAACAACCUGAAGAUUCGGUGGUGUACGUAAGCUUCGGCAGCAGAACGGCCCUCAAAAGGGAUCAGAUCCGAGAAAUAGGAGAGGGGUUGGUGAGAAGUGGAUGCAGAUUUCUGUGGGUGGUGAAGGAUAAACCAGUGGACAGGGAAGAAGAAGAGGAAGUAGAAGAAUUAGUAGGACACGGGCUGAUAGCGAAGUUGAAGAAGAAGGGUCUGGUUGCGAAGACAUGGGUGGACCAGAGAGAGAUUCUGAGUCAUCGUUCAGUGGGUGGAUUUGUGAGCCACUGUGGUUGGAACUCUGUGAUCGAGGCAGCUUGGUAUGGAGUGAGAAUUCUGGCAUGGCCGCAGCAUGGAGAUCAAAGGAUAAACGCAGAGGUGGUGGAGAGGAGUGGGUUGGGAUUGUGGGAGAAGAAGUGGGGUUGGGGACAAGAAGUGAAAGGAGAGGAAAUUGGAGACAGAAUCAGAGAUAUGAUGAACGAUGAAUCCCUAAAGAAAUCUGCAGCACAGCUGAGAGACGCGGCGAGGGAGGCCGUCGGUGAUGGAGGAACAAGCAAAGUUGCGUUUCAGAGAUUAAUGGGAGAAUGGCAGAAGAAGAUGUCUGCAACUGCCGUCUGAGCGACUGAGAGGGUCAAAGUUGCUUUUUUUUAUUAAAAUAAAAUAAUUAAUAAUAUUGCGUAAUUUCACUGAAUUUAUUUCUGUUUCCAAUAUUUCCAGCUGGAUAAAUUUUUUGCCG